AUGGCCUCACACUUGUAUGAGACACUGAACUUAGGCAUGAAUGCCACGCCGGAUGAGAUCCGGAAGGCAUACAAGAAAUUAGCGCUAAAGACACAUCCAGACAGAGCACCGCCAGAGCGGAAGUUGGAGGCUGAAGAGGAGUUCAGAAAGGUCAACGCAGCCUACGAGGUUCUUAUUGAUGAAGAAAAGCGCAGAAUUUACGACCGAAAUGGAGUAUAUCCUCCACCAGAGCCUGCGACAGAGAACGCAUAUUCGAACCCUUACUCCCCGCCCCCACUCGAUCCCAGCCUCCACCAACUUUCUCGCGCCCCAGUUUCGAACGGCAUUCACGCAGGCAUGCCCCAGACCGGAUCCCUUCGCGCAAAUGUUUAA